CCCCUCCCAGCAUUGUUAGAUAUGCUUCGAUAAUUCUCCUCCAAAGCCCGGAUCGUUACUACAAGACGUAUUCGUUCUCUAACGAGCUACAUACCUACCAUGCUUGUUACUCUUUAGCAAGGCAAGGGGAUCGCACCUUCCCUUUCCCUGGCGCUUACAACCUCGAUGGCGGAUUCAAGAGGCAAAUAAAUCCGAGCUCUGCCCCGACGAACGCGGAGGGCGAGAGAAACUAAACCACAUCAUGGACACGACGAUUUCUCCCGAAGCUGCUGAUAUCGAGCGGCGCAAGCUUCUCGAGCAACUAGCCGCGCAAACAGGCACCAAACGCAAGAAGCCAGACGACAACGACGGACCUACUCCAUCGCAUGAUGCAGAAGAACAAGACAGAACCGGAGACGAAUACUCUCGCUCGCAACACGGCAAGUUUCGAUUCAAGUCCUCUAAAUCGAAAUCGAAAUCACGUUCCAAGCGCGAUUCUCCCUCUAAUCAUGAGGAGGAGGAGGAGCGUCAUCACAAGCACCGUCAUCAUCGCCGACGACACCACCAUGGCCACCAUCGAGCGUCGUCCAAGCGCGAAAAGAUUGACAGCGAGCGUUCCGCGUCUCCUUAUUCUCUCCAUCAUCGGUCACUUUCGCCAAAUACGGCGUUUCGCGAGUCUCUCUUCGACGCCCUAGGCGACGACGAAGGCGCCGCGUUCUGGGAAUCCGUAUACGGCCAACCGAUCCAUACGUAUCCGAACCCAGCUGUGCCGAAAGGACCCGAUGGGGAGUUGGAACAGAUGGACGAAGAAGAGUACGCUGCAUAUGUCCGGGCAAAGAUGUGGGAGAAGACACAUCAGGGGAUCAUGGAAGAGAGGGAAAGACUGCGCGAAGAACGUGCGAGGGCGAAAGAACGUGACGACAGAAGACGACGGGAGACGUCCGAGAGGAUGCAGUUCGAAAGGGCCAUGGAAGAGAGUCUGAGAAGGGGUCAGGAAAGAAAGAAGGUCAAAGCAUGGAAGGCUGCGUGGGAGGAGUAUCGACGGAGUUGGGACGAACUCAACUCGUUGGCUUCGUCGUCAUCGAACAAGGAUGAAGGAAAGGAAGAAGAAGAAAAGCCUAGAAAUCAGCACCUUCGCAAUCUCCUCUUCUGGCCUGUGGAAUCUGGCAAGCGUCGAGAUGUUUCCUCUGAUGCUGUUGAAGCAUUCAUGCGACAUGCUCCUGCAAUUCCUUCUCCGGACUCUAAGUCCGGCAAUACUACUCCCCCAGACCUGCUUGCGACACUCAAAGCGGAGCGUAUCAGAUGGCAUCCGGAUAAGAUCCAGCACCGGUACAGCGGUCUCGGAAUCGACGAAUCGGUCAUGCGAAGUGUCACAGAAGUCUUCCAGAUCAUUGACCGACUCUGGAGCGAGGAGCGUCAUAGAAGAGGCGAGAAAUGAGCUCAA